AUGGAAUGCAUGAACGCCCUGGCUGAUGCUCUCAAGAACAUCAACACUGGAAAAGGAGGCAAAUGCCAGGUUCUUAUUAGGCUAUGCUCCAAAGUCAUCAUCUGGUUUCUAACUGUGUUGAUGAAGCAUGGUUACAUUGGCAAAUUUGAAAUCGCUGAUGAUCACAGAGCUGGGAAAACUGCUGUGAAUCUCACAGGCAGGUUAAACAAGUAUGGAGUGAUCAGGCCCAGAUUUGAUGUGCAACUCAAAGAUCUAGAAAAACGGCAGGCAAAUCUGCUCCCAUCUCGCCAGUUUGGUGUCAUUAUACUGACAAUCUAA